AUGGAUGAGACGAGUCAGACCGUUAAGGGCCUGGAUGUUACGACAUUGACGCAGUGCUUGCACUGGCACUCACGACGCGAUAUUAUUGCGAUCCGCCAUAAAUGCUGUGGCGAUUAUUAUGCCUGCAUCAGUUGCCAUGCGGCAUUGGUCGACCAUGCUACUGCAGUUUGGCCUAAGACCGAGCGUGAGACCAAAGCGGUGCUCUGUGGGAAUUGUCGCCACGAGUUGACUAUUGCUGAGUAUUUGACAUCUGGCUCUGCUUGCACAACUUGUAAGGCGGAGUUCAAUCCUGGUUGCUCGAGACACUACCAUCUUUAUUUCGAGAUGUAG